UAAAGAGUUUGCACUAACAGAACUGAAAGGUUUUCAUCCCUGUGCUUUAGGGCAACAAUGGCGUUAAGACUGGGAAUGUUAAAAUGUGCUGCUGAAGCAAACAAUGGGUGUAGGUUAGGAAUCAGGAAGUGGACCCAUGUCGUAGCCAUGGCUCCGCCGUUGGAUGGAGCCUUAGAAAGCUCGAUUGCCUCUCCACAAUUCACCCUACCCGAGUUCGAUGCAAACCAGGACACAAGCAACAACAGUAGCGAUUUCGGGUUCACGUUUCCGGGUUUUUCGUUUGGUGGGUCCAUGGAACUCAUGGCUGUUCCUAAAAGGAAGGUUACUCCCCAUAAGAGAGGUAUACGAAAUGGGCCAAAGGCAUUGAAACCAACACCAGUGAUUAUUCGCUGCAAGAGUUGUGGUCAAGUUAAGCUACCGCACUUCUACUGUUGCAGUGGAGACAGGGGGAAGAAUGGUAAGCGAAAUAAUUGAACAAUCUGGGUAAUGCAUGUGCAUUGCUUGUAUUUCUGUUCUUUUAGGAACAGCAGUCUUCAGUUUAGUUUGUGCCUUCAUUAUUUGGAUUAUUGCAUCAUGUUUGUGCCUAUACAUUAAGUUGAAUGUUGUUGAUGAAAAAGGAAUUAGAAAGUUUCCCAUA